AUGGCCGAGCUGGCCGACGACAACGGGAAGAAAGGCACACACCGGUUUCAGCACUGCUCCUGGAUCGCGCGAUCGCCUUCACCCUGCCUGCGCAGCGCGGGUACGGCUAUGAAGAAGAAGAAGAAGAAGAAGAAGAAGAAGAAGAAGAAGAAGAAGAAGAAGAAGAAGCAAAUCGCUUAA